ACAAAGAAGCAGUGCGCUACAUGGUCACCUUGGCAACUGCAAAACGAGCGCAUUGUCUGUUUACGGCAGUGGGUACUUGCCAUAUGAUUAAGCGCCAUCGCCGUUAUAUCGUCCCUAGGCACGUCGGCAUUAAGUUUCUGCUACGGGAACGUAUGUGAUGACCUCUUUAAUUGUUGAACUUUAUAAAACGACCCCCCCCGCGCUAAUUUUCCUACUUGUUUCUGGUCGUAACGACAUUCAUAGCAUCGCUCCUUUAUUGCAUUUCUUAAAAUUCAUAAAAAAAAAAAAAAAAGAAAUCUGGGAAUUAAGCUCCUUAAGUGUGACUAUAAAUUAACCUCCUUUUAACAUUGAUUCAUUGUAUUUUCUUAAUAAAAGAAUGUUUUCCAGCUUUGAUUCUACUGCAGCCCGAUUCGUGGUUCUACACCCCGUAGUGGGUUGCACCAUGUCACCUAGGGUCAACCAACCAACGAUCGCCAGCGUGGCUCCUUCGAGGGAGCUCUUCUGGCCGUACACAUCGCGGGAGACAUGGUCGCCAACUUACCAGGAUGGGCCUCCAUGGUUCCUGGCACGUCGGUACGCUUACACUGCACUGGCGUCUGCCUCAUCUGCGUUUCGCUCGCCGUCUUCUUUGUUUUCUACGGCGGUGACCAAAAGUUAGCCGUCAAACGCCACGCGGGGUUCCCGAAAGCCAACCAGACGCAGCAGCAAAGCAAGCCGGUCACUAUCUUGUUCUGGACCAAGGCGUUCGGCGACUAUCUCGAGCCGCUGUCCGAUGCCGAUAGCGGGCUCGUGUCCUACAACUGCAGCGUCCCUUGCUUCCUGACCAGGGACAGGAGUCUGAUAAGAUCGGCGGACGCCGUCGUGAUACACGAGAGGGACGCCGACGGAAACGACCUUCCCAGAUACCGCGCAGAGCAUCAGCGUUGGGUGUACUGGAAUAAGGAGGCGCCCCCCAACUGCCAUCCCGAGAAAAUGGCGAGCCUCAGGGGCGUCUUCAACUGGACAUACACCUACCGCCGCGACUCGGACGUGCCGCAUCCGUACUUCUUCGUGCGUUCUGUGGCCCACCCCAGGACGGCGCCACCAGCCGAAUAUACGCCGGCAUUAGACCAGUCCAGACUGGUCGUCUGGGUCACCAGCCACUGCCGGACCUCAAGCCGCCGCGAGACGUUCGUCGAUGAGCUCCGCAAGCACAUGGCGGUAGAUGCGUUCGGCUCUUGCGGAAACCUCGCAUGCCCGCCGAACGAGGACUGCUUUGCUCGUAUCGGCGAGAGGUACUACUUCUACCUGGCCUUGGAAAACGCCGUCUGCCGCGACUACGUCACGGAGAAGCUGUACAACGCGCUCCACUACGGCAUGGUUCCGGUGGUGAUGGGAAGGUACUCAGCGAGCCUGGCGCCUCCCGGAUCUUGCAUCGACGCGCUUCAAUUCGCGUCUCCCGAGCGUCUCGCCGCGUACCUGAAGGCGGUGGCCGCCGAUCCCACUCAGUACGCGGCUUACUUCGCCUGGAAGAAGACGCACGAGGUCCGAAGUCACAAAUUCGAGGAUCAUUGCGUCCUCUGCGAGGCUCUUUCCAGAGCUCGUCCAGACGAACGCAAGACGUACGAGGACAUCAUCGAGUGGUGGCACGGCAACGGAUCCGCCUGCGAGCAGUAGAAGCCGGCCAGCUGAGUCUUGUUUUCGAUGGACUGUCGAGCAUAUCCCCUCCACCAGUAUUGCCUUACCUAUUCAAAACCGCAGAGCCCAGCCAUCAGUGAGGACAGGAUGGCCUACCCGCCGCGCGGAUUGCCUACCCGCAGUGGUUUUCACAUUUUGUUGCCGAGCAGGUAUCAGGUUCGAUUCCCACCCAUAUUCCUGCAAAGGGGGCGGGGAGGAGAAGUUGUGUAACUAGCUGUUUACGUGAUGGGUCCUUAUGAUGCAAGGUUGUGUGAUAUAAUAAAUUGCAGAAUGCUUAUCUUUA